UUCAAUGGUAGACUAUGGAUACACACACACACACACACACACACACACACACGCGCGCACACACCACGCCCCCUCAUGCAGGAACACCCCGCCAGUAGAUGUGUGUACUUGCACAGUGCCGAAGUGCACUACCGAGCAGCCCACACACUGUCACCGAUCGCCGGAACUAGCUGGUUCGUCUCCCCGACCCUCGGAGCUCUCCUGCCGGCUUCCCCGUCACCGUCCUUCCGCAGGUUCCUCUGCAGAAGACUGGACAACAAUGUGAAGUCUGAAUGAUGUUGGUGGAAAUGAAGGAGCUCGGCGGCGACCUCCACGCUCUGCUCAGCUGAUUCCACCGCCUGUGCUGAGUAGACCCGAGGCAGCGAUGGAGGUCACGGACGACCUGAACCUCUCCUUCCUGCUGGAGCACGAGCGGGACACCAUCCUGAAGGUGCUGCAGAAAGACGAGAAGCUGAGGAAACGAGAGGAGAAGAGGAUACGGAAGCUGAAGAACGAGCUGCUGGAGAUCAAACGCAAAGGUUCUCGUGGCACGCCACGGGAGCCCGGGGAGCGCCAGUGCGGCCGCUGCGUCAAAACGCUGGGCCUGAUCUUCGACCGCGGCGAGCUGUGCGACGAGUGCCAGCUGCGGGUGUGCAACGAGUGCCGCGUCACCACUACCAAGCGGCGCCAGUGGAGGUGUAACGUGUGUGCUAAGAUCUCGGAGCUGAAGGUGGUGACGGGCGAGUGGUUCCUGGAGGAGCGAUCCAAGCGCUUCGAGCACAAACUGUUGAGCAGUGACGUGGUUAAGCAAACAAUCCUGAGCAGCCCGACCGCCACAGAGGAUAAAACCUCCACUGACAGCUCGUCUCUCCGUCCUGAGUCGGGGAGGUCCGACACGCCGAAAUCCAGCAGGAGUUCCAAACACCUUGUGGAUGGACAGCGAAAAAGAGGGAGGAUGAAAAUGGGCAAACUCGGCACCAGACCCCUCAGGUCGGAGAACGGCGUCGACGGCCGCGGCGUCAAGUCCGCCUCAGACGGAGACGCCCACAGCGUGCGAAGCGUUCGCUCCGCUCCGAGUCGACAUACAAAUAGCGGAAGCAUGGCAGCUUUUGAUUCCUACGGGGCGCCAACCGCGCUCAACAACGACCGGCGUUCCCAAACCCCUGACAGAUCUUCCACGUGCAGCAGCAACCGGCGUGUCAGGCCCGACGGAGCGGAGAGCGUUUACAGCUUCCACUCCAGCAGCAGCGCGCCUGAGAGGAAAACUGCAGGGAAUGAUGGGAAGAACUAUGGCGCGCCCACCAUUUCCGUGUCUAGGGCUUCAGUGUCAUCAGAUCACAGUCGCUCAGAAAUGGACCUGUCAGCGGCAGGUUCUGAGGCCAGCGACGACGCCCUCAGCUUCAGAAGCCGCUCUGUCCCCGGCCUCAAUGAGACAGAGUUCUCCGACCAGGAUGCGGAAGAAGACAUCGACGCCCUGAUGUCGGCCCACAGCCAGACGGCCGGCCUCCGCCUCAACAACGCCGUGUCGAUGCCUUCCACUCCUGCCUCAGAGAGGAGGUGGGGUUUCCUCAAUGUCCCCGACUCAGACGCUGAGACAAGCAGCAUCGGCAGCAUGAUGAGCAUGUACAGCGAGACAGGUGACUAUGGCAACGCCCGGGUGAGCGGCGAGAUCCUGUUGAACAUCAGCUACAGCUACAAGACGGGUGCUCUCAACGUGAUGGUCAAAGAGUGCCACAACCUGGCAACGGGGGACGAGAGGAGGCAACGCACUGACGCUUAUGUGAAGACGUACCUGCUCCCGGACACGUCGCGACAGAGCAAAAGGAAGACGAGCAUCAAGGCCAACAGCAUCAAUCCUGUCUUUAAUGAGAACCUGAGGUAUGUGAUCAGCCACUCCCAGCUGGAAACACGCACCUUGCAAGUGUCCGUGUGGCACCACGACCGAUUCGGCCACAACAGCUUCCUGGGAGAAGUGGAGCUGACCUUUGACUCCUGGGAGUUCGAUUCCCAAAUAGACGAGUGGUUCGUUUUGCAGCCCAAGCUGGAGAGCGGCGUCAACGCCACCAUGCAGUACCGAGGAGAGCUGACUGUCGUGCUGAAGUACAUUCCUCCUGAGAAGAACCUCAUGCUCCCUCUGGACCAAGUACAAGUGAAGAAAGGCUUCCUGAAAGGCAAGAAGAAGAGCACCUUCACACCACCUAAGGGGGGCAUGGUUGAGCUGCUCGUCAAAGGGGCCAAAAAUCUAACUGCCGUCAAGUCUGGAGGAACGUCCGAUCCUUUUGUCAAAGGAUACCUUCUCCCUGACAGCAACAAGUCCACCAAGCACAAGACGGCGGUGGAGCGUCGCACGGUCAACCCUCAGUGGAACCACACCUUCACCUACUGUGGUCUGCAGCCAGGAGACCUCAACAACGUCUGCCUGGAGCUGACAGUGUGGGACAAGGAGGCCCUGGCCAGUAAUGUCUUCCUGGGAGGAGUCAGGCUCGGAGCCGGUACAGGCACAAGUUACGGGAACGAGGUGGACUGGAUGGACUCGUACGGCGAGGAACAGCGUCUGUGGCAGCGCAUGAUCGAAAACCCAGAAGUUUCCCAGGAGUGUACGCUGAUGCUGAGGUCCACCAUGAGGAAGAUCUCCUCAUGAGCCAAAAGAUCAUCUGUUCACCUUCUCUCUUCUCCAGAAAACAACCAGUCAUGCCUUUAAAACAUCUCUGAUUACUGCCAACAUUUCCAGUAAGCACAGUUUGUGUGCCUGAAUCAUUUGAGCACGUAGCGAACGACAGCUAGCAGACUUUUUAAUAAUCUGUAACCGAGACACGAGUCAAAGCACUGAUGAACGGCUUCAUGGCCGUCCUUCCCCACUCAAGCUCAUUUUGCUGCAAAGCACACACUUGCAAGUACGAGUGUCUAUUGGAUCGUGGCAUUAGCUUGCUAGCUAGCUAGCUAGCUAAUGGCAGCCACGAUCGUUAAAUUCCCAUUCCCAAAAGCAACAAACUGUCAUAUCAAACUGUUUCCACGGAGUAUGAGGGCCACAUUGGAAAAAAAUCAUAAAAAAUGGAGUUUUUGAGAAUAAAGUCAAAAAUUUACGAGAAAAGAAGUUACAAAUUUACAAGACAAAGCAUCCUAGUAUUACGAGAAUAAAUUUGUAACUUUCCGAGAAAAAAAAGACGAAUAUUACGAGAAUAAAUUCCUAAAUUUAUGAGAAAAAAGUCAAAAAUUUACGAGAAUAAAAGUUGCAAAUUUACGAGACAAAACGUUCCAGUGUUACGAGAAAAAGUUGUCAAUUUCCGAGAAAAAAGAAGAAUAUUACGAGCAUAAAUUUGUAAAUUUACGAGAAGAAAAGUCAAAUAUUAUGAGAAUAAAGUCAUAAAUUUACGAAAAUGAAGUAGUAUUAUUACGUGUCAGAGGGAGCAUAGAGCAGGAAACGUUCCUCUUGCUCAGCCAAGCUUUUUUUCUUGGAAAUUCAGGAUUUUAUUGUCAUCAAUGUAAGACUUUUUUUACGACUUUAUUCUGGUAAUAUUCAACUUUUUUCUCAUAGAUUUCCGACUUUAUUCUUCAUUCCCAAAAGCAACAACGUGUCAUAUCAAACUAAAACGACGGAGUAUUAGGCCCACAUUGAAAAAACAUAUCUGAGAUUUCGAGAAUAAAGUCGAAAAUUUACAAGAAUAAAGUCGUUGUUUAUUUUCUCAUAAAUUUACGACUUUAUUCUGGUAAAUUCAAUACUUUUUUUUUCUCGUAAAUGUACGACUUUCUUCAGGAAAUCUCCGAUGAUUUUACUUUCCUAAUGUAGCCGUAACACUCCGUCGUGAACUACAAUAAAGCACCCCGUUGUACCAAAGUUGUAAAAUGAAUCAGCUCAUCGGUGUUGUCGUGGUGAGCAUGUUAGCAUGCUAACAUUAGCAUUUAGCUCCAAGCACCACCGUGCCUACACGCACAACCUCAGCCGCUAGCCAGCAUGAUUGAUAGCCUCAUCCCUAUGAAUUGCUGAACAUUUCUUUAUUCGUGCGUUUGCUUUCCACGCCCGCAGCUUGCCUAGGGAAUGUAAAUACAAGCGGAUUGAAUCCAGCUUCGAUGUGAACGUAGGUAACACUGUAUCAGUGAGUUAGCAGCAUGGCGCUCGAGGAUACCAGAACAAGUUGAGCACUGAUAAUCACCUCAUUAUUUCACCAUUUCAUCCAGAAAAACGUGUCUCUAGUUAAAAGACAAUGAAUGCCAACACGUGUGUGUGUACAACAAUGCAGUAAUGAUAAUCCUAAUAAUAAUAUUAAUAAUAAUAAGACGUGGUUUUAGAUGACAAGCUUGUGCAAUACCUGAUUACUGACUUCUGAUGUACAGCAUGUGUUUGCCCCCGUGUCCGCUCUCCUCCUCUCCAACCUAUUUUAUCUCAUGCAGAAGUAUUUUCAAAUAAAAACAAAAACAUUUA